GCUAAAUCAAAUCCCACAGUUUUUGAGAGAGGGAAUGACCACUACUGCAGUAUGACUGUUCCUGAGAAGAAUGAGACCUGCCAUGUCCAGAUAGAUCUGACAGAUAAAACCAACCACUCGCCUUCCCCUGCCUCCCUACGCCGGGGUGGCGCCUACUUUGAGCCCUGCCCCCUCUUCGUGGUGGCCAAUGCCAAUGUGAUCUGUGCGCUGUGCUUUGGCCGCCGCUACAGCCACGACGACGGCGAGUUCCUGGCACUGCUGGGCCGCAACGACCGCUUUGGGCAGACAGUGGGUGCAGGCAGCCUGGUGGACGUGUUGCCCUGGCUCCAGCACUUCCCCAACCCCGUGCGCAGCGUCUUCCGCGACUUCCAGGCCCUCAACCAGGAACUGCACAGCUUCGUGUGCAAAAAGGUGGUGCAGCACCGCCACACCUUCAAGCCCGGCGUCAUCCGUGACAUCAGCGAUGCCAUGAUUGCUGCAGUGGAGCAUGGAGAUGGGCCCCCCAACAGGCUCAGCCCUGACGAUGUGGACGGUGCCAUGACCGACAUCUUCGGUGCGGGGCAGGACACCACAUCCACAGCACUCUCCUGGGUCCUCCUCCACCUGGAGGCCUUCAUCUAUGAGACACUGCGCUACAGCAGCUUCGUGCCCAUCACCAUCCCGCACGCCACCACAGCUGAUGUGGAGCUGGAUGGCUUCCACAUCCCCAAGGACACCGUGGUCUUUGUCAACCAGUGGUCAGUCAACCAUGACUGUCACAAGUGGCACGACCCCCAGCGCUUCGACCCCUCACGCUUCCUGGAUGCGCAGCAGCACCUGGACCAUGACCGCGCCCGCAGUGUUAUGAUCUUCUCAGCUGGCCAACGGCGCUGCAUCGGUGACCAGCUCUCCAAGCUCCAGAUCUUCCUCUUCACUGCCAUCCUCCUCCACCAGUGCUCCUUCCAUGCCAACCCGGCCGAGCACCUCACGAUGGACUGCAUCCAUGGGCUCGCACUGAAACCGCUGCCCUUCACCAUCACCGUGACGCAGAGACACCCCUCGCUGACCAACCCAUGAACUGCCCAUGCCUGCUGCCUGCAGAGCUCAGCCAAGCGGUCACUCUGCCUGCUGCAAGCAGGGUGCCCCUGCUGUAGGGUGCCCUGGGGAAGGUGAGGGCAGGGGGUGGUGGGUGCCUACUCCCUUGGCUCUGAGAGGGCGUCCCCUCAGCAGUGGGCAGCCCCGGAGGUCUGUGCUGGAGCCUGCUUUGCACGCAGGUGCGUUUUUCCAUGAUGCUUCCCCACACCUAUUUGUAAGGCAAGUGGCAACGG